GAUUAAUUUCGAGGGAAGGGUUCUUCUAUCUCGAGAGAAACGUGUGAAACUACGCAAUCGUCGGAUACCGUCGGAGAAGUCGAGACGUAUCAAGGACCUUUAACCCCUACACUCGGCACACUAACUUGACAUACAUAUAUAUAUAUAUAUUUUCUAUAGUGAAAAAGUCGAAAACGAAUGAUCAUUCUUGCGCAGUCUGUUUAUGCGCAUGAUGCUUGCUCGGGUUCUAGUAUUGUGUUACGUAAUUAAAAGUUUCGAUGCUUCCCUCCAUUUUGUUUCCAGUCGGUCGGCAUAAUCUUGAUCAUUCGCUACGGACAGAACGGAACGAAACGGGCGUUGUCUUAUAACUCAUUCGAUUUCUAUUUUUAAUGUAUAAUGUUGUCUCAAGGAUUUAUACUUUUAUUAUCGUUAACAGUGAUACUCGCAAUCGAUUUUGAAAAUAUCGAUACGUCUCCUAUGAUCGAGACGAAGUUUGGAUCGAUCGUUGGAAAAUGGACGAAGAGUUCGCUCGGAUUAAAUAUUGCUACUUUUCUUGGUAUACCCUAUGCGGAACCACCGAUCGGUGAUUUAAGAUUUCGUGAACCAAAAGCAUGGAAUCGUACAUGGGACGAAUUAGAAGCAAAAUCUGAUACUUUGCCGUGUCUACAACUCAUCGAUCUUAACACGAUAAUUGGCUCGGAGGAUUGUCUUUAUCUGAACGUCUACGUGCCAGCGAGUCAACGCCAAGAAGAAGAUAUUAAAUACCCAGUAUUGGUAUUUAUUCAUGGAGGAGCAUUUAAUGUAGGCAGCAAUAAUAGUACGUUCUUGCCGGCGACUUAUUGGGCCGAUCAGCAAGUGAUUCUAGUCGUGAUAAAUUAUCGAUUGGGCCCUUUAGGAUUUUUUAGUUUGGCCAGUAGCGCCUCACCAGGUAAUUAUGGAUUGAAGGACAUGACGAUGGCCUUGAAAUGGGUAGUAGAAAACAUUGAGAGUUUUGGUGGUGAUCGUAGUUCGGUUACAUUGAUGGGACAAAGCGCUGGUGCUGCAGCAGUACAUAUUUUAGCUUUAUCGAAAAAAACGGAAGGUCUUUUUGAUAAAUAUAUAUUACACAGUGGAUCUGCAUUAGCUGCUUGGGCGGUACAUCCAAAACAUAUCAUUAGAAAAGUUUCGGAGGACAUGGCCGAUGAUCUCGGUUGUUCCAAACAAUUCGAUACAACGAAUUCUAACACGUUAGAUAAUAACGUUACCGAGAUUAAUGAUAAUAUCGAAGAGGACUAUAUUUAUAAGAAUUAUAAUAAUACGUUCGUUAAUUACGAUCUAGAAAUGAUCGAGUGUAUGAGAUCGUUGGACGCCAAGAAGAUUUUAUUGAAGCUUUCCAAUCUCUAUGCCCAAAAUAAGUAUCACUAUUGCUUUUUUGGGCCAACGAUUGAGGACGAGUCCAGUGACGCCAUUUUAACGAUGUUUCCUAUGGAGAUUAUAAAAAAACAACUUUUUCGCGACAUACCCUGUAUAAUAGGAGUUGUCCAGGACGAAGGUUUACUCAAGACAUUUGAUUUCUACGGAGACUCUAAGAAACUGAGUACGUUUGUGAACAAUUUUGAUACGUUAUUACCAGGAUUUUUAGAAAUUCAGGAUGUUAUUAACAAUGUGGAUAAUUUUACGAGUUCCAUCAAAGAUUUUUAUUUCAGCGAGAACAGUACUAUUGAAGAUUAUCACAUUCUAUUAAAGAAUAUCACUCAGAUGGCAGGCGACGGUCUAAUCACAUGGUCAACGUACAAAACUGUUAGAUAUUUAUCGGAAGUCAUGAAAUCGAAUUUAUUUUUCUAUUGUUUCGCUUAUUCCGGCACAUUUAGCUCCAGAUUUAAAAAUGGCACUCAAAUAUCUUAUGGUGUUAAUCAUGGUGACGAACUUAAUUAUUUUUUUCCUAUAUUGAACAAAGAGUUUGAAUCAUUGAUGUUGUUUAAUACCGAGAGCGAUAAUACCAUGAUUAAUAUAAUGACGGAAUUAUGGUCACAUUUUAUGAGGACAGGGGUACCGAGUACUUGGAGUAUAGCCAAUUGGCCGGCGUAUCGUUAUCAUCAUGAAUACAUGCUUUUCAAAGGUUCACAAGAUAUUAAUAUAACGAUAGAGAAAAAUUAUUAUCUAAAGGAUAGAAUGGAAUUUUGGGAUAAUUUAAUAUAUAAUUAUAGCGACGAAUCUAUCGAAUGGUAUUUCGAUAACCACGAAAUAGAAAAUAUCGAAAAAACGAAUCGAGGAUACCGUCUCAGAAUGAUUAAAUACGUUUAUUUAUUAAUUAUAACUAAUAUCAUAAUAUCUGUGUGAUAUCGAUCGAGAUAUUUUUUUAAGCCUCUAUAACUACAAUUUCCUAUAACUCUUUCUUUUCGUCUUAUCAGUAAAGUAUGGGCCGAAAGUUCCUAGAUGUGCCGAAAGUUCCUAAGGUGGGUCAAAAGUUCCAAGGAAACAAGCUUUUUCUUUUUUGCAAUUUGCAAAGAAAAAGAACAAAAUCACGAAGGAUUUCGAUAAAGUUUAAAAUCAUUUAGUAACUUUUGGCCUACCUUGUAGAAAAUUAGUUAGAUCAAUUGAUGUGCUUAUUCUCGUUUAUAAUUAAAUAGAUACACUUACAUUGUUUAAUAAUAAUUAAUCGAAUAAAAUAUUAACUCGCA